UGGUGUUAGUUGGGUAAAACGUCCGAACUUUGCGAGAAGCCUUCCGUAAUCGGAUCACUGCCACGCCAUGGACACGAUCCCCAAAUUACGAAACCCUAAAUCCCCUUUUUCUCUCUGCAAAAGAAAACUUCUCUCGUUAUAUCUCCCGUUUCUCCCUAACAGACGAAAUCUUACAGCUAUCAAGUGUGAAUCUUAAAUCUCAACGAUCACACUCAGGGUCAGGGUUAUCCAACUGAUCGCGCUCUUUCUGGGUUCGUUUGGUCAUAUGUUUCUUCCCCCAGUUAUGAACACAGAAAAUGGGAGUGGAAGCAAACAUAACGCAGGAGAUCAUGCAGUGGUUGGGGAAGGAAACGGAGAAAGGCGACAUUCAAGAACAGAGUCGGGAGCAUCACCGCGUGAUGAGACGGAAAGUACUCAUUCAGAGUUGCCCUUGAGAUCAUCGUCUUCUUCUUCGUCUUCAUCUUCCACACCAUUAAAGGGUCUUCAGGAGGCGGAUAGUAGUAAAGAUCCAAAUUCCAGACCAGACGAGCCAGAUGUAUCCCCAACGGAUUCACCUCCUGUCCAAGUGAUGGACAGGAACGCGCCUGAAGGCUAUGAUCCAAGUAGGAUUCCAGCCUCGGUUUUCGACAGGAGCAAGUCUAAUCUACCAGCCGAAUGGAGCUGUGCUUCAAAUGAGUCGUUGUUCAGUAUUCACUUAGGAAACAACAGUUUUAGCGUGUAUGGUGAUCUCAUGAAAUCGGGUGAGCUUUUCAAAUCAGGCGAGCUUGUUCCCUACAGUCCAGCACUCUCUCUGACUCCUCCAACAAAGAUCGAACCUAAAAAGAAGACCCUUAGCACUGCCAAGAAAGAAGUAGAAACGCCUAAAGAGGUCAAGAAAGAAAGCAAAGAGAAAACGGCAGAUCACCCUGCUGUUUCUUGGAGAUCUCCUACCACUUCGUAUCGUUCCAACAGAAGCUCAAACAGCACACAUUCCUUCUCCUUCCCUAUUUUGGCGGAAGGAGUUAAAAGUGAAGCAGCAGACGCAGAAGAUGACGAUCUGAAGAAACAGAAAGUGAAUGCAUCAAUGGAGACAACCCCAAACCAAGCUAGAAGUAGAUGGUUGUGUUGUCUUCCUCCUUGCCCUUGGUGUUGUUCUUCACAUGCUUCUUGUUCCUGUUCUUGAAGAACGUCUGCUCUUAGGAAAAACGUUAAAACUGAUCGUGCCAAGAGAUGUUUUUUAGAACCUAAUUGAGAAUAGAGAUGUUACCCAUCAUAGGAUCUUUGUCAUCGAUCUCCUGUUAAGUGUAUUCUCUGAAGGUUGGAAAGCACUGACUUCCCAAAGCCAGUGUUUGUAAAGAAGAAAUCAUUUGAUUUAGACAUCCUUUUGUUGUAUUGGAUUUCGUGGGCCAUUGCUUCA